AUGCAUAUCCAAUCGAUUCCUAUGUGGACGGGGAGCAGUGAUAAUUACGCGUAUUUGGUCGUCGAUGAUAAGAGUAAGGAUGCGGUGAUUAUUGAUCCGGCGAAUCCUGAGGAGGUUGCGCCGGUGCUGAAGGAGCAGAUUAAGGCUGGGAAAAUCAAUUUAACAGCGAUUGUUAAUACACAUCAUCAUUGGGAUCAUGCCGGUGGGAACAAGAAGUUGCAAUCCUUCUCCUCCGAAUUCCAAGAUAAACCUAUAAUAGGCGGCAAAGACUGUGAAGGCGUCACGCAAACGCCAGCCAAUGGCGAAGGAUUCAAGAUUGGAGACAUCUCUGUCAAGGCGUUGUAUACGCCGUGUCAUACACAGGAUAGCAUUUGUUGGUUUAUGGAGGAUAGUACUGGGAAAGUUAUUUUUACGGGGGAUACGCUUUUUCAUGGAGGAUGUGGAAGAUUCUUUGAGGGAACACCUGAGGAGAUGAAUACUGCGUUAAACAAAACUUUGGCGGCGGUUCCGGAUGAUACUGUGGUUUAUCCGGGUCAUGAAUACACAAAAGCGAAUGUUAAAUUCGCCAUGUCGGUUUCUCAGAGUGAUGCGGUUAAGAAAUUGCAUUCUUUCGCGGAGAGCAACAAGGAAACUCAGGGGAAGUUUACUAUUGGAGAUGAGAAGGUGGCGAUUUUUCUGUUUCCAAAGUUGAUAGGAAUAGCGAGUUGGCUAACAAGAAAUAGAAACACAACGUAUUCAUGCGACCCCGAGAUUCAGAAAGCUACUGGAAAAUCAGAACCCGUGGAUGUUAUGGCAAAACUUAGGGAGAUGAAGAAUAAUUUCAAGUGA